UCCUGACUCGUGCUCAUCGGGGAAAGUGCUCCGCAGCUAAACCGCUCAUUGCUUUCGGAUCUCGGUGCUUUAAUGACUAUUGGUUUUACAUUUAGUAGUAAACGAAAUUAAAUCAUUUUCGUUACUUGAAUACCGGUAACCAUUGUUAUUGGAUGAGGUUUUUUUCCCCGUUUUUUGCCCCUCGCUGCCUGCCUAGAAAAGUGAGCUAGCUAGACCGUUUAAAUGGAAAUGUCCACAUUCCAGAGUUUUAAAAGGUUAAUCGACGAGAGACUAAGUGCUGCUGCUGAAGAAAUAUUCGGAGUUUUUGAAAAGACUAUAAUAAAGUACGAGGAUGAGAUCGACCGUCAGCGCAGACUGCUGGAGAGCCUUUGGAAACCGGAACUAAAGUUAUACAGGAUAGACCUUCCACAGCAACUUGCCUCUAAGGAGGAUGAGGUUCUUGCUGACCAGCAGCUCUGUAACCUGGAGAGGAACUCCAGUGUGUAUCAAGAGGUCCCAGAACCUCCACUGAUUAAAGAGGAACAGGAGGAACUCUGCACCAGUCAGGAAGGAGAGCUGCUUGUACUGAAGCAGGAGGACAAUACCCUUACACUGAUUCCCACUUACAAGGAAAGUGACCACCAGCUCCUCUCUCACAACUCUCAUGUAGUUGAGAGCCAAGAUCGCAAAGGACUCAAAUGUGGAGUCUUCAUAUCAACUAAAAAAGCAGAGCCAGAGUCAAAGAAGAGACAUCACAAAAGUAAACUUCGCAGUAGCUGUGUAAAUAACUCUAACCUGAGUACCCGCACAGGUAAAAAGGUACACUGUGACAUUUGUGGGAAAGCUUUUAAGUACAAGUCCAAAUUAAAUAUCCACAUGAGAACGCAUACAGGUGAGAAGCCGUAUCCCUGCACCACCUGUGGGAGAAGAUUUAGUGACACGUCAGGAUUGAAACAGCAUAUGGGCGUCCACACAGGUGAGAAACCCUACACUUGUAAAACAUGCGGGAAAGGUUUCCGACAUGGCGGUUACUACAGAAUCCACUUGAGAAUUCAUGCAGGUGAGAAACCAUACCUUUGCAACACCUGUGGUAAGAGAUUUUGUCAUUUGUCAAAUUUUAAAAAGCACACAAGAAUCCACACUGGUGAAAAACCAUAGUCUUGCGUGUGGAAAAGCUUUCACACGUCAUAGUGAAUUGACAGUCCACACUGGAAAAGCCCAUACUGGUGAGAAGCCAUAUCCCUGCAACACCAGUGGGAAACGAUAUGUUGGUGUGUCUCAACUGACAAGGCAUAUAAGAACACACACAGGCAAGUAGCCUUGUAAUUGUGGGAGAUGGUUCAGUUGUAAUGGCUCAUGGCAGGCGAAGCCUCAUGAAGCUUCUCACUGACACUUCUUCAAGAUUGUGUCGCAAAAAGAGUUGAAGCUAUGAAGCUUGGCCAAAAAGAAAUCACAGCGACAUAUAGUGAA